AUGGCGUCCCCUCCAUGCUCGCCGUCUGCUGAGUACGAUGAAACAUCCACCUUGGAAGACGUACGAUACAGCAGCAAAUCCGUUCCUCGUAUUUCGUUACACAACUUUGAGGCCCGCGUCGGCAGCGUCACGGCUGACAUUGCCGCAGCCGCCAAACAGCACGGCCAUCGACGCACAGUUCUCUGGGGUUUCUUUGCACUGCCCGACGAGAUCAAGGCCAAUACACCCUAUGCGACAUCGUGCGAUGCCGGCUGGGAGCAAGAGACGAUGUUCGUGCCACCAUCGGCCGGCGAGACUGCUGCUGCCAACAUGCAGCUGUCCAAAGAGGCGAGCGGCCAGUCCAACAGCCGGUACCAAAAGAAAAAGGAGAUGUACUGCAUGCAGCUCAACGAGUCGCGCAUGGCAAGGCGGUGGGUAUCCGACAAGGACCUACAGGGGGUUAGGCACCAAAGCCAGUCGUUUAUGCAAGCCUGCCACCUCCUUAGCAUGCGGCUCAUGGUCUGCCUAGCACGCGGUCUGGGCUACACCAAGGAAAACGGAAAGGAUGACCACGUCUUUGCCAAGGCCCACGCCAUGUCACGGCAGGGGAUCCAGACCGUACUGCGUGCGCAACGGUACUAUGUCGUGGACCAGCCGCGUCGGCUGCCGUCGCGGGUACCCACCAUGCCGACAAUGCCGUCUAUGCAGACAACGCCCACGACACCGACGACACCGACGGCCACGAACAGCCCCUCCUCGCAAUCCAAUGGCUCUGCACAAAUCCAGGUCGACCGUUCCGGCAGUGCGACACAUGCCGACUUAGACUGGUCGUUCUUGACGCUGCGAUUCCUGCGACCGGGCCAGAGUGGGCUCGAGAUCUGCCCAGGCCGCAAAACCGUGACACGCCAUACGACGAGCGCCAACGCCGAAUGGACCAAGAUUGAAAUAAAAGAUGGCGACAUCGUCUGCAACGUGUAG